GCCAGGUGCGUCCGGUCGGCCGGCAGGGGGCGCUGGCUGCGCGCGACGCCGCCGAUUACCCAUUCGUCGGCGGCGGCCGUGGACUUUAGUCCUGGAUUGUCGUCGGAGGUGACGGGAGGGUACAAAAGAGGCGCGUGGGACCCAGUGGUGCUCAGCUGUGGUCGGGUGCGGACGGCUACGGACCUCAGCCGGUGGCUGCUGCAGCAGAGACUGAUCGUCUUUUCAGUGAUUGACUCAACCGAGUCGAGCUUCAAAACAUAGCGACUUGUUCACGGACAGGCCUCAAGUGUUACAUCGGUGGGUGUUGGUGAAGAAGAGGAAACUUAGCUGGACCGGGACUCUGCCGUUCAAAUCGGCUCUCGUCGUCAGUCAGCCCAGCUGUGCUUCUGGAUCUUUGUUGACAUCGCCGGUUAGUUUUUAGUGGUCGCCGGUCAGCCAGUCUAAAGUGAGGCCCAACAGCCGUCAGCCCUCAGCAGACAGCACUCACCCAGUCAGAAGAACAGAAGCGUCGGCUCUCCUCACCACCAUGGCGCCUAACGUCGCCACUCGUCGUGGUCCGGAACUGUCAGAAGAGGAGGUGGCGCCACCUGCCGCCGGCAGCGCCGCCAAGCGGCCGCCCACGGAAAUAGUCUGGCGGAGCGUGGCCUUCUUCACGAUACUUCACAUCCUCUCCGUGGCGGGUUUGGUCCGCGCGCUGACGGCGGCACGAUGGCAGACUCUGGUGUUUGGAUUGUUCUGUUAUUGUAUCGGCGGAGUUGGAGUCACAGCUGGCGCACACCGCCUCUGGUCCCAUCGCUCCUUCUCGGCGAACCUGAAGCUGCGCGUGCUGCUGAUGCUGAUGUACACGAUGGCCGGUCAGAAUCAUAUCCAUGAGUGGGUGCGCGACCACCGGCUGCACCACAGGCACUCGGAGACGGACGCCGACCCGCACGACGCCACCCGAGGGUUCUUCUUCGCGCACUGCGGCUGGCUGGUGGUUCGUAAGCACCCGCAGGUGAAGCUGCAGGGCCGCCACACGGACCUUUCCGACCUGGAGGCGGACCCCGUGGUGAUGUUCCAGAAGCGCUGGUACCUGCCGCUGGCGGCCGUCAUGGUGGUCGGCCUGCCCACCCUGGUGCCGUACCUCUGCUGGGGAGAGUGCCUGCUGGACGCCUACCUCAUCGCCGUGCUCAAGUACGUGGUCACCCUGCACGGCACGUGGUUGGUGAACAGCGCCGCCCACAUGUGGGGCAUGCACCCGUACGACCGGCACAUCCACCCUGCGGAGAACCGCUCGGUGGCCGCGCUGGCGUUCGGCGAGGGUUGGCACAACUAUCACCACAGCUUCCCCUGGGACUACAAGGCGGCUGAGCUGCCCAACUAUACCGGCAACGUCACCACCGGCUUCAUCGACUUCUUCCACCGGAUCGGCUGGGCCAGCGGCCUGAAGACCGUCUCCGCCGACAUCAUACAGCGGCGCGCCGCGCGGAACGGGGACGGCAGCUACAAGGCGCCGCACUAGCGCCUCUGGUGGGCAUCGAGACAAGCUGUGGUUCAGACACUGAAUGGCAGUGCCGCUAGUGGGUGGGGUGGAAACUACGCCCGAUUUUAUCGGUUAUAAAUUGCGUAGGGUUGACUGGCGUCGGUUGCGUUGCGUUACAAUGAUCUUUAACGGUGUUAAGAUGGUGUAGAUAAGGGAGGCUACGACACCCUGGGAGAUCUAUCACGGCCUCGAAUGGGAAAGAGAUGGACAGGGAAUGUUCUCUCUCUGUAUCGAAAUGUGUAGGUAUAAUUGUCAAAUAUCAUAUGGUGUGAUAGCUUGCAGCGUUGCUUGUGAUUCUUCAUCUGGUGUGCAGAUGCUUGUGUGAUUUUCUCAAGAAUUUCAUGGCAUGAAUUCGGCUUUGAAUAAACUGUGAUACUGCCCUGGCAUCGCUUUUGAAAAAUAAACAAAUAAAAAUUGA